AAUUUCGCCAUCAGUUUACUCAGAGAUUUGGCCGAGAGUGAUUGUAUAUGAUAUCAAAGUGCUAAAAAUUUCGAUUUGUUCGAAUUAUUAUCUCAUUUAAAAACUCAUACUUUAGAAAGAAAGGAAUUGAAAUUGGAACUUAGUUUAAUAAACGGAUCUUAAAAUAAUUUUCCAAAGUGGAUUUCACUCAUAAAGUGCAAGAAAAGUUCGCUUUUGAACAUUUUGUGCAAAGAAUAGGAGGUGAAAGAGCGCUGUGUAAAAGGGAGAGGUGAAAAUCGUCAAUUUAGCUCAUUUUUUGUUAAGCAUCUGGUCACACUGACUACCAUACAAGCAGGAACAACACAGUAACGUAUGCUCGAGGGGACCACAACAACGAGCAUAUACUGAGUGAAGGAAUCUGGAUAUAAAAAUUAAACAAAAGCAAACAUAUUACAUAUAGAUUCAUAAAAAAGCAAGCAUAUAUUUAUCUGGGAAUUUUGUGCCACCACUCUUGAAGAACUUCAGUUAAAUCAACGCGCUCAAAGCGUGUCAGAGCAAAGGUAGACAUUUUUAAAAGAGAAUUGCGUGAGGGAAAAAAGAAGCAAAAAACAGCUGAUCAGUGCAAAGCCAAAAGGGAGAAGGAGGAGAAACGCUUCUCCACGGAGCGACCGGCAGCACAGAGAACGCAAAGUGUAUCGAAAGAGCAAAAAGUUGCAGCUGUUCAAUCAGCCGUAAAAAUAAACGAAAGCGCAAAACGUCAAGGAAAGAAAAAGUGUUAAAUUUAAAAAAUAAAUAAACAAAGGUAAAAUCAAAAUCAGUGGAUGUAAGAAACGGGAAAAUCUUAAAGAUUAUAAAAAAAAGUGAAUAAAACCAAAAUAAUAAAAUAAAUGUAAUAAAUGUUAAGUUAAAAUAAAUGUGCGAGAAAAAGUGCAAAAUACACACAGAAAAAUAACUUGAAGAGACAUUCCACUGUCUUUGGGCCUUACAGAUAAGUGGAUCAAUAGUUAUACGAAAUAGUAUUAUAAAUACUGCAAAUUGUUGUUCGGAACAACUAAAAAGGGGGCAAAAAAUUAAUAACCACCAAAUUAACAAUACUAAGUACCUAAAUUUCUAAUAAUUCACAAGGCCUACAAAGUAGUAUGGGCACAGAAACAAAAUUCAAUUGCUACAAGGAGAACACCACAGCAACGACUGGCAGUGUUUUACGUCCGAAAGUAGCGCUCAAUGGUAGGUCGUCGGCAACAGCAAUAGGAGCCGGUGUUGGUGGUGGUAUUGUUGGCGCUAGCGGUGUUGAUCAAAAGUUGCAUACCUCAAAUGGCGCUUUGAACGGUGCAUUGAACUGUAAGCAACAGCAAAGCGCUAGUUCGAACGGCACCAACGGCAGUGAGGCAAUUGUGACUCCAGUUUUUGUACCCAUUCACAUUGGCGAGGACGUUAUCAGCGGUGCCAAAGAGAUACUCAAAGUCAUACGACCACACUGGAAACUCAGUCAUGUGCAAUUUAAGAAAUUCACUGACGGUAUCACAAACAAGCUUAUCGGCUGCUUCUACAAUCCUCCACUCCCCACAACAACCCACAACAAUGGCAAUGACAUUGAAAAUGGCAGCUCAAAUGACAACAACAAUCCCAUCUCGACGUCCACGGCAUCAGCGUCUUUGGUCGACGACAACAACGACUCGGGCAAUAGCGAUACGGACACAGUGGAUUCAGAGGUGACCACAUCGAGUACGUGUGAAACGGGUACCCAUAAUACCAACAAAAUCAACACAAAAGCUAAAAGCUUCAACAACAGCCCGAGCACUGAAAGCAACGUGGCAUUGGUACGUGUCUAUGGUAACAAAACGGACCUGCUGAUCGAUCGUAAGGCCGAGACACGCAACAUACUGUUGUUGCACACGUACGGUUUCGCACCUACACUAUUUGCAACAUUCAAGAAUGGACUAGUUUACGAUUUUAUACCUGGUGUAACGCUGAAGCCGACGAGUGUAUUGGAACCAAAUAUUUGGCGAUUGGUGGCAACUCGCAUAGCCGAAAUGCAUCGUCGUAUAACAAUCAAAGAAAUGCCAGCUGAUAUCAGUGGGGAUGGUGGUGCUGAUGGUGCUGGUGCUGAUAAGCCGCUCGUGCCAAUGUUAUGGUCUAAAGUGCAGAGUUUCUUUGAUUUGGUACCUGAUUGUUUCAGUGAUGCUGAAAAACACAAAAGAGUUGAGGAAACUUUCUUGCCCAUAAAACGUUUACGCGAUGAGUUCAACGCGCUAUACAGGCAUCUCGAACGCCUGAACAGCCCAGUGGUAUUCUCCCACAACGAUCUGUUGCUGGGCAAUAUUGUCUACUUGGAAUCGAAGCAGUGUGUAAAUUUCAUUGACUAUGAGUAUGCCGAUUACAACUUUCAGGCAUUCGAUAUUGGAAAUCAUUUCUGUGAAUUCGCCGGUGUUGACGAAGUGGACUUCUCACGCUAUCCGCAGCGUGAAUUCCAGCUUGACUGGCUGCGCGUCUACCUGCAGGAAUAUCUGCAACAUUCACACAUCACCGACGCCGAAGUGGAACGCCUGUACUUGCAGGUGAACCAUUUCGCGUUGGCCGCGCACAUGCUUUGGACCGUUUGGUCGCUCAUACAGGCAGAGCAUUCCACUAUUGAUUUUGACUAUGUCGAUUAUGCUCACGUACGCUACGAGGAGUACCAAAAACGUAAAUCCAUAUUGGCAUUAGACUUCACCCGAGUAGAAGACACCGCUGCAGAGACGAGUUAAGACCAGCACAGCAGCGCCUCAUACCGCACCACGCUCAUUUCGAUAUGUCCAGUAACAAAAAAAGCCUACGUCUUUAACUCACCUGCCUGAUGGCUGCGAUGUCAGCGAUGUGUGCCCGAAAUGCAAUACAAUCUUUAAGUCAAAACCUGCGCCGCAAAAGAAAAAAAGGCUAAUUGGACUUCAUACAGGUGUUGGGCUGCUUCGAAUACAAACAUACACAGAAACAUAUAGAGGGGAAUAAUUACAACAGUAAUUUGAAGUGAGCGCUUUUUGAAUGUGUUGGUGAAAGAAGAGUGAAUACGUAAACGACAUUAAAAAAUGAAUUUUUAAUUUUGCAAAUAGCAUUCCGAAAGCAUUAAUUAUUUAAAUCACGAUUUUUAUGUAAUAUACUUAAAUUGUAUUUAUAAAGUAUGUUAAAAAAUAUUCAAAAAAGAAAAACCAAAAAAAAAGGAAACUAGUAUGCAAAUGAUGAUGAAAAUGUUGAUAAUGUAUUGUGAUUUGUUUAAAAUAUAUAUAUAUUUUUUUUUUAAUUUAGGAAACCAUUAUUUCUAUUUUCAACCCCCAUUUCCUUAUUUUACAGCAGUCCUUAAUGAAACUGCUGAAUAAAAAUUCAUAGUCUAACCUUAUUUUCUUCCUUAAGGGGCAGGUGUGUGAUAAUAGGGUGUAGAUUUUAAUUACAUGCAUAAAAUAAAUACUUUUAGUCCUUAUUUUCUAGCAUUUCACAAAAAUUACAGUUAAGGAAUGACUCUCAUAAUGCUGUUAUUGGGUAUUCGUUAAAGUUUCUCUCAAAGCAAUUUUAUGUGUGGCAAAAAGUUACCAAAUUUAUUUUAACGUCGUAUUCCAAUUUUGGGGAAUGAUUUAUGAUUCGUAUGAAAUUCGUGAUAAAGCUGUUUACACAGUAAAUCAAUGUAAUAGUCUAGACAGACGGCGGGGCGUUAAUCUGGAUUACCGGCGCAGUCAAUUCUGAAACGCGCUGAAACUAAGAAAUAAUUAUUUAUUUUAAAAAAUCUAAUCUUAAUCAAUUUCUCAAACCGCUCUGAAAAAUCCCUUAAAUUAUGAGAAUUAAGUCUAGUUGUAAAUUCGCAUUCUUCUUAAUUGACGCGAUAACCGCUUACGUAAUUUUUGCCGAGUUUAACAAAGCGCCACAGUCGUUUCUUUCUCGUGCUAACCGGCGCCAGUUGGAAGCACCAAGUGAAGUCAAGUCUUUCUCCACCUGAUCUUUCAAACGCAAAGGAGGCCUUCCUCUUCCUUUGCUACCACCAGCUGGUACCGCAUCGAAUACUUUCAGAGUCGGAGCGUUGGUAUCCAUUCGGACGACAUGAUCCAGCCAACGUAGCCGCUGCAUCUUUAUUCGCUGCGCUAUGUCUAUGACGUCGUAAAGCUCAUACAGCUCAUCGUUCCAUCGCCUGCGAUAUUCGCCAUUGCCAACGUGCAAAGUUCCAAAAAUCUUACGCAGAAUCUUUCCCUCAAACACUCCAAGCGUCGUUUCAUCGGAUGUUGUCAUCGUCCAAGCUUCUGCGUAAUACGUUAGAACGGGCACGAUGAGAGCCUUGUAGAGUGUUAGUUUUGUUCGUCGAGAGAGGACUUUAUUACUCAAUUGCCUACUUAGUCCAAAGUAGCACUUUUUGGCAAGAGAGAUUCUACGUUGGAUUUCAAGGCUGAUAUUGUUAUCGGUGUUAAUGCUGGUUCCUAAAUAAACGAAGUCUUUGACAACCUCGAAAUUAUAACUGUCAACAGUGACAUGGGUGCCGAUACGCGAGUGCGUCGACUGUUUGUUUGAAGACAGGAGGUACUUCGUUUUGUUCUCGGUCACCACCAGAUCCAUUCGUUUUGCCUCUUUACCAAGUUUGGAGAAGGCAGAACUAACAGCGCGGUUGUUAAGAGAUGAUAUCGGUAUCAUCGGCAUACACCAACAAUUGUACGCUCUUAUAAAAUAUUGUGCCUGAGUGAUUAAGUUCUGCUGCUCAAACGAUCCUCUCCAACAUCGGGUUAAAGAAGUCACACGACAGCGAGUCACCCUGUCUGAAACCUCGUUUGGUAUCAAACGGCUCGGAGAGGUCCUUCCCAAUUCUGACGGCACUACUGAUAUUGAGCAACAUUAUCUUGCAUAGCCGUAUUAGUUUUGCGGGGAUACCAAAUUCAGACAUUCGCAUUAGUUGUACUUAAAUCCUUAAUUCUGAAUUAAGUCGUUAAUCCCGAUUAGCGCCACCUUCUAGGCUAUAAGGAUUGUUAUUUAGGAGUGAAAAUCGAAGUACACUGAAUCUUUGAUUUGACGAGCCUUGAUGAAACGAAGAACUCAAUAUAAUAAUAUUUUUGUUGAGUCCUCUGAAAAAACGUCACUGUUGCGAAAUUUUCCACGCAAAAAUGCUGCUUAGAUGAAACGAAAAAAAUGUUAGCAUUUUUCGUUGUAUCGAUUUUUUUUUUUCAAACUAGUUGUAUCGAGGUUUCACUGUAAUUCCAAACGUUGGUACUCAUACGAGGAUUUACUUUACUUCAUUCAAAUUUUUUUACAGUGGGUUUACAAUUUUAGUUCACAAACGCAAUAUAUAUAAAUUUGAAUUAUACAUAAAUAGUGUUCAAAUAUAACUUUUGUUUCAAGAGACCUACAGUAAAACUUGCCAAAACAUUUUUGUUUUUAAAGAUUGCUUCGAAAAUCGAUAGUUUUCUUUUAUUUUCCAAAAAACCAAAAAAAAAAAAACAUAUAGCGAAAGUUAUCUCUGAGACCCAAAGCAAUUUUUUUUAUGUUGUUAAAUAUUAAACAUUAUUUCAAAUAUUAUUUUCAAUAAAUUGACAUUGAAGACACUGACUUCAGACGGAAGUCGAAAUAUCGACCGACGGAGCUUGUAGUUCUUGUCCCAGUGCUGCCCUUAAUGCCGUUUUGCACCUACUUCCCAUCGAUUUACACGUUAUUUCCAUCGCUGCAAUCAGAUUAAAAUGGGUUGAUUGAGUGCUCCUUUUUUCUAUAGGCUGGGGUAGUGCUCCAACUUAAGUCCCAUCAACCUUCUCCCUUACAUCAACAGCUCUCUGGUUGGCUGUAGAUAUCUGCCUGUUGGAGGUCUCAUAAUGGUAUCAAAACGGCGCUUUAGUGCUACUUGGCGAGUGUCAGAGUAGUACUACUUCAACCAUUUCGCCUACCUACGGCAUGACAAUACGACACUUACGACUCCUUGUGAACCACUUAAUAGUUUAAUAAUGUUUAAUGCAUUAAUAACUAAAAAAAAAUUAUUAUUUUCGAAUCAUUUCCACUUGGUCUCAAAGGCAAGACAAGUCAAUAAAUAUUUAGAAAUAAACUACUAUGCUAUUCGAUAAACUACUUUGUAGUUGCGUGACCUAUUGACUCUUAAUAUGAAAAAAAUGGUUUCUUUCUUUUCUUUUCAAACUCUAUUCUACUUAGGUAACAUAAAAGCUUCAUAAUGGCGAAACUCGCAACCCGCGAUUUGUUUUAAAUUUGAAAAUUCAUAAAAUAUAAUUCUUGAAUUAAGUUUAAUCAUUUUUUUAUGGUUCAGUUUAUAUAGCCAAUGUCAAUUCGAGUUAAUUUUUUGGAAAUAUUUGUUUUUGGCUUUUUGAAGAGAAACUUCUUAAGCGUCGAUGGACGAGCGAGAAUGGAGAGUAAAAUUUCAAGGCCAUGCAACGUUUUGGACAUUUUCGUUCCGCGAGAGAGAAAAAAAAUAUAACGUUGAGGAAAAGGAGAGAGAGAGCUAUACCUUAUAUAUAUCUUAGAUACAUUUUAGGCUAUUUGUCCUGAGUUUUUCCUUGUGGUUGCUAAUUUCUAGUAAGGAAUAAUACCGUUGUUGUCACGGAUUGUGUCCGGCGUUUACCUACACCGAUCUACCCUUCUCCGUUUUUUGUAAAUUUUGUGUAUUUGUAUUCUCUGCAAAUGUUGUGAAUUUAUUAAGAUAUAUAUUCUUUCUCUCUCUCUCUCUCUCUCUCUCUCUCUCAUUCUCUCUCGGGUCUUUGUCUGCCUUGAAAGUUUCACUUAUGUUAUGUCUACUAAUUAAUGAUAAAAAAAUUUUUUUUCAAUAGCUAACGUAUAAUAAUUAAAAUUUAAUUUACUUAAAAUAUUUUUUUGUUUUUUGGCAAUUUUAGUAAAUUGCAUUUUGUUUGUUACAAAAAAUGUUUGUUAAAAAAAAAUCCGUUGAUAACUCUGAAAGAAAUAUUUGUUUCAAUAGCCAAUAUAAAUUCGGGUUAACGUACAAUAUGAUCGGGUUUAUUUAUUUGAAAUACAGUUUUGUGUUUUGGCAUUUUUAGUAAAUUGCAUUGUUUUUGGUAAACAAAUUUUUUGAUAAUUCUGGAAAAAAAAAAUCCAUUUUGUUUUGUUCAUCGAACCUUUUCGGCAACCAUUUUCUAAAUCCGCGUUUAUUUACCUACAUAUCUGGUUUUUGAUGAAAUCGGGCAGGUUCUGUAAUUCACUUUUGAGUGAAUUCCAAUGAAAUAUCGGACAUUGAAAUUUAGUAGGAAGCGAUUUACAGCGCAUGCGCGAAUAACUACUUCGAGUUUUUUAGUUUUGCUUGUAAACGCAUAAAUUCUGAUAUUUCAUAUAACAACUCAUCUUUAUUAAUAGGUGUAUAUUAUUUAUUAAUAGUUUAAAUAUUAAAAUAAAAUGAAAUGUUAAAACUCAAAUUAGAAAUUCAGUUAGACAGUGCCAAGCCGUUUUGAAUCCUUUUUCUUUUUCAAAAGUCCACGCGAUAUGUAAGCAGCGCGACUCGUCUGGGACUUGGAAAAUUUUCUAUGCGCCUCGUGCGCUCUACAUUCAGUCGCGUACCUAAAUAUGCUUUUAUACUACAUAUAUAUAUUAGUAUAUUCAUUAACUAUUCUUAUGUACUUCUAUAUAUAUAUCUAUUUAGAAAAUUGUAUGUCUGCAGCAUUUUUCAAUUCUGAAUUCUUCGGUUGCUUGCAUGCAAUGCCAGUUUUGCAUCACAAAAUUGCGUCAUUGCAUAUUUAUCUUUGUUGACCAGUGUAGUGGUGCUAAUCAAAAAUGUUACAAGUAAAGUAUGUAUUUAAAUUAAGCUAAUAAUAAAUAAUAUCGAUAUUUUGUUGAGCAACUAUAAAUCUAAUGCAUAUAUUUUUCGUAGAUUCCUUGUGGAAAUUAGAAAUUUUGUUAAAAUUAAACAAACAAAAAUAAAAAAGAAAUACCUGUAAAAAGUUUAACUAAAAAAUUGUAAGACAUGAAAAAACAUGAUAUUGAAUUAGUUAUACUCUACUAACGGGGUGAUGUUGAUAAUCACCUAAUAUAGUAUAUGUGUAUGUUACAUAAUGAUAACUUGGAAAAACAAAAACAAAUCUAAUGCUUAGUAUGAAAUGUUACAAAUUAGUAGAAUAUAACAAAUUGGAAAACAAAAUAUUUUACAAAACUAUUGCAAAGUGUGCAGAAUUGUGUAUAAAAUACGACACUACACACACACAUGCAUACAAAUAUUAAGUUUGUUCGCGUACUUCACCAGUAAAAAUUAUCCAGUCGCGGCGAAAUUCCCAUGCCUAGUCAAGUCUGUUCGGUCACAAAGUGCAAAAUAAGCAAAAACUUGCAAGUUUCAUGAGCAGCUGAUUGACUUCUUGUUUAUAACCAAAAGUGUAAAAUAGCGUAGAUUAGAAAAGUGGGUAUUGGGUGUUUUUCUUUGUGCAAAAGUGAGUGCAGAGUCUUGGUUAAAUUAAUUUUUCCUACUUCUUGCGUAUUUCAUUUGUUUCUCUUAUUAAAUUCAAACUUAAAAUUUUUUAAGGCGGAACACCACUGUGAUUUUUCGAAAAAAUCGUUUUGUUUUCAUUUUCUUAAAGUAUUAGGUGCGCAACUAAGUUCCCGCUGUUUGUCAAUAGAUGCCGCCAACAGUUUGUGCUAGACGAUUCUAACAUAACUGAAACGUCAUAAACCAAGCUGAUUAUUAGUGAUUGUGUUUUGGUAUCAAAUACUUUUGGUUUUGUGAAAAUGUCUGAUUUUGUCCUGAAUAAUCGUCAUUUGCGGGAAGUGUUGAUUUUCCUCUUUCAUUCGAAAAAACGGCUGCUGAAGCUUUUCGAGAGCUACAAAAAGUUUAUGGAGAUGCUGCUUUAAGUGAAACAAAGUGCCGAGAUUAGUUCCGUCGUUUCAAACACGGUGAUUUUAAUGUUGACGACCGCCCGCGUGAAGGAAGGCCAAAAACCUUCGAAGACGGUGAAGCUGAAUUGGAGGCAUUGCUCAAUGAGGAUCCAUGUCAAAUGCAAGAAGAGCUUGCUUCAGUAUUAGAAGUUACCCCCCAAUCCAUUUCCAACCGAUUGCAUGCUUUGGGAAUUAUUCAGAAACAGGAGACUUGGGUUCCUUAUGAGUUAAAACCAAGGGAUGUUGAACGUAAUUUUUUCGCCUGUGAACAACUGCUCCAGCGGCUUCAUCGCAUCAUGACGGGUGAUAAAAAAUUUAUCCAUUACAGCAAUUCCAAUUCUACGUCGUCGCCUCGGCCGAAUAUGGUGGGACCAAGUUGGGGUUAUUUAUUAUGAACUGUUAAAACCAAGCGAAACCAUCACUGGGGAUCGGUAUCGUCUUCAAUUGAUGCGAUUGAGCCGAGCAUUGGGCGAGAAGCGGCCGCCAUACGCGGAGAGGCAUGAAAAAGUGAUUCUACAGCAUGACAACAGUCGGCCUCACGUUGCCAAACCCGUUAAAACCUUCCUGGAAACACUGAAAUGGGAAAUCCUACCUCACCCGCCGUAUUCUCCUGUUUCGAUCGAUGGCACAUGGUCUAGCUGACCAGCAGUUCCAUUCAUAUGAAGACAUCAAAAAAUGGCUCGAUCCGUGGAUAGCCUCAAGAGAUGAACAGUUUUACCGCGACGGUAUACAAGAUCUACCAGAGAGAUGGGAAAAAGUAGUAGCCAGCGAUGGGCAAUACUUUCAAUGAUUCACUUGUAACCAUUUUUUCAGAAUAAAGUUGUAUUUUCAUCAAAAAACAGCGAGAACUUAGUUGCGCACUUAAUAUAUUAGAUAUAUUCAAAAAUAUGUAAAAAAAUGUUAACUUAAAAUCUUGAAAAUUGACGAAGUUAUACCCGAUACAAUAAGUGCAGGUGGGUGAGUUACAACGGCCAAUGAAAACUUUAAACGCGUUUUUCUGAAAUGACUUUUCUGAACACGCUGGCUUCGAUUUCUUGAAGACUUAUGAACCGAUUUUAAUUUUUUUUUUUUUUGGAAUUUUUGUACAUGUAUUGGUUGCAGUCGUACAUAGCCGUUUUUAAAAUUUUCAAAAAUUAAUAUUUUUUCAAGCCUUUCGAAAACAAAAAAAAAAGGAUAAAACACAAACUCAUUUUUAAAACCUGCUCCAUUUUAAAAAAAAAAAAAAAAAAAAUUAAAAAAAUUCGCCACGUACAACGAUAGCCAUUGAUGCAUAGAUCAAGAAUUUUUUUUGUUUUUUGCUUUCAGAUGAUUUUUCACCGCUGUAUCGUGGCCACAGGUUGCAUCAGUUUGUUAUGACGUCAUUGCAUUAAUAUUAAUAAAAAUUGUAAUUUGUAAUA